CUAUGUUCCUGCACAGCCUUCCUAUUCCGGUGAAGAAUACUCUAACCCCGCUUCCUAAUAAGCCUCGCGCUCCCACUAAUGCCCGUUCCCAAACGCACCGAUUCGUCCGUCGUUUGCUCUUUCCCGAUUCCCGGAGUUGCAGGACGGCACUUCCUUCGCCGAAUGUGGCUAUCGUUUCGGCAUCUUCGCCGCAGCCGGAGCCGCUACCGCCGGAGCUGCGGCAGGAUCUGAUGCCGAAGCACGUGGCGGUGAUUAUGGACGGAAACGGGAGGUGGGCCAAGAUGCGGGGGUUGCCACCGUCGGCGGGUCACGAGGCCGGCGUAGAGUCGCUGAAGAGGGUUAUCGAUCUGUGUGGCCGCUGGGGGAUUAAGGUUCUGACCGUUUUCGCAUUUUCUGUUGAUAACUGGAAACGCCCCAAGGUGGAGGUUGAUUUUUUGUUGAGGCUCUUCGAAAGAAUCAUAAACACCGAAAUUGAGGCUUUCGCAAGGGAAGGCAUUAAAAUAUCAGUGAUAGGAGACCAAUCAAAGCUCCCAACUUCUCUACAAAGAAUAAUAAGUAACGCAGAGGAGAGGACGAAGCAAAACUCAAGACUACAACUAAUCAUAGCAAUUAACUACAGUGGCAAAUACGACGUCGUGCAAGCCUGCAAGGCUAUAGCUGGGAAGAUGAAAGAUGGCGUUGUGAAAGUAGAAGACAUUAAUGAAAGCUUGAUCGAACAAGAACUGGAAACAAACUGCACACAGUUCCCAAAUCCAGACCUGAUGAUCCGAACCAGUGGCGAACUCAGAGUGAGCAAUUUCUUAUUGUGGCAAUUAGCUUACACAGAACUUGUUUUUGAUCCUCAACUCUGGCCUGAUUUUGGUAAGGAGCAGUUUGUGCAAGCCUUGGCUUCAUUUCAGCAAAGACAUAGGCGCUUUGGUGCAAGAAAAUAAUUAACGGGUUAAAAACCGCAUCCAGCACCCUGAUCUUUUUAUAGUGUAUUCAG